AUGGAAAACAGUGCAAGUUAUAAUCAUACCGACGAGAAGAGGUUCGCCGCUGCGGAGGCGCUUCUGGCCCUGAGUGGAACAUGGGAGCUAACCCCGGCUGCAACCCCGGUUCCAGCCCUGGCUCCAGCAGCGGCUCUAGCCCCGGCUCCAGCAGUAGCUCUAGCCCCGGCUCCAGCCCGGUCUCCAGUCCGGGCUCCAGUCCGGACUUCAACCCGGGCUCAAGUCCAGACUCCAGCCCCAGCUCUAGCCUCGAGUCCAGCCCCGGCUCCAACUCCAGCUCCAGAAGCAAAUAGGACUGAAGAGCAGCAUGAAGAAACUCAAGAUGAUGAAGUACAACCAGAACAAGAAGAUACUUUGCAGAAUGUACCGGAGUCUCUAGAAGGCUAA